AUGUUACAGCGAGUAUUAUCUCAAGAAAACGUAGACGAGCGUCGACGUGCGUUAUUUCACGCCAGCGGCAUCACAACGUACCGCCAAUUGCUUCAACGCCCUUUGUGGGAUGUCGCGCAUGUUGCCGACCUAUCAGUAUACGAAACCGAGAAAUUAUUGACAAAGCUUUCGAUUCGACUGGCCCCAGCAAGCCAAUCGGCGCUCGGCAUGUUUUUGGACAGUGCCAAUCACCCGACAUUCUUGCGCACAGGGCUUCCAGGCAUCGACCAGGCUCUAAAUGGAGGACUUCAUUGCCGAGCGUUGUCAGAGUUUGUGGGCACUGCUGGAAUAGGCAAGAGUCAAGCAGCCAUGACACUUGCAGUAGUGUGUGCGCUGGACUAUCCGGAAAACGGGGUCAUAUACUUUGACGUAGAGCACAACUUUAGUGCUAAACGAUUACUACAGAUAACCAUUACGCGGAUUCGACAAACCUAUGCAGGUCAAGAAGCAGACAUCAACGAGCUAGCGGCAGCCGUCGUACGACGCAUUCGUGUUGUCAAAGUUAGCUCUAUCGCAGCGUUUGUUGCCAAAUUCAAGGAGGUAGAAAAUGCUAUUUGCUCGCUCAAGAUCAAGCUUCUCAUUAUUGACUGCGUGACAACGCUUUUUCUUAAGGCGAAUGGCUUAACUCACGCGCAGCGCCAGCAUCAGAUGCUGCGGUUGGCAAGAGACUUGAAACUUUUCGCUGACACGUACGAAGUGUUCAUUGUUGUCACAAAUCGUGCAACUACAGUUGAAGGCGAUAGUGGAUUGUAUACAAAGCCGCAGCUAGGUGAAAGUUGGGCGCACUGUGUCACCACUAGGUUUGUCAUGGAGCGGCGUUCUUUGGGUCGCGCAAUGACGAUUAUGAAGUCGUCCGUAGCAGGAUACGUCGUGCAGCCAUUUACAAUCAAGGAAGGCGGUAUUGUAGCUGUUGAAGACGCAAGUAAAGCAGCAGCUUCAGACGACUUUACCAUUCACGACGAACUCCUGAGUGGUAUGGCACUUACAGGUCUACCUAUGCUAGAUCCCUGCAAUGUACAGUUAACACAGCCGGAAAACGGAGAGGACCCUGAUACAACGCAGUGUGUUGAGCAAAGCGACGAAGAUCCUCCGUCAUCUCAAUCGUCCCAUCCAGGAAAAGUGCAAGAAACCGAGUUUAGCAGCUUUGACAUCGUGCCCGAUUCCAACUCCGAUGAAGAUCAUGAGUCGUUCGACUGGCAUAACGUCACUGAAGAGUAA